UAAAUAUGAAAUAUGGAAUGAUCAUUUUAGGAGAUCCGCAAUCGGAAAAUGACGUUCGGCUCGCGACCAAAGAAAUCGUGAAACGUUUGAUGGCAAGGCGAAAGUCUGAUUGGAUGAUGCGGUUACAACGUCUAUCGUCCUCCAAGUUAGUGUUCCAAAAAUGUUCUUCGGUCGUCAAAAAACAGCAAGAUCUAUUGUGAGAAAAAUGAAAAAGAGUUUUCACAGAAUGACUUUGAGACAGAAGGCAGAGAACAUAAUUGCUAUAAAAUCUUUGUGUAUGAAUGAAAGAAACAUCGGUGGAAUAGAUCCCGUGAAAAACGUAUCUGAAGAACUGAAACUACAAUUUCCAAAUAACAAUCGUUUUCCGGCUGUUGGAUACGGAAUGUUUUCCAUUGGGAUUGGUUCGGUCUGUGUUAGUGGAUAUCCGAUUGAAAAUUGGUUGUUUGAAAAAUUCAUAUCUGGACAAAAUGAUGACGGAAGUUUCGGAGAUUCAAACUAUCUCAUGAAUACUAUUAUGCUACUUGCGCCUACGGGUUGCUUGCGCCUGAUGCAAAAUCCAGCUUACAACGUCACAAAACUCGAUGAUGUUAUUUCAAAAAUGAGAGAUUACAUAAUAAAAAACAUGAUUACCACAAGUGCUGGAGAAAUUUACAUUGAGAACAAAGGCUUAACGUCACUCACAUUACUUAGUUUAUGGAAAACAAGAAAUGAAGGAGACAACCCUGACAAAUGGCAUUGCAGGGAGCUAUCAAAAACGUUAGGAAUUUAUCCUCCCCCGGAAGAACCCUUGUUUCAUCUGACUUCUCGUUUGAUGCGACUACAGGGGGCUGCAUUCUUGGAUGUCGGAUCGCCGCAAUUCAGCUGUCAAAAACCUGAUCCAGUGCCCAAAGGUUACAUUCCUUCAUGUAAACCGCACAAGCCGUGGACUUGCAAGCCAAAGGUUCCAAAGUAACACGAUCGCAGAAUAAAUGAAGCUAACUUCGAACAAAGUUUGAAAUUGAAAUAUAUCGUUUUCUCUUUACGUUACGGAUUCUCAUCGGUUUUAUCAUAACAAAGCUAGUUAAAUGUCACCCUCCUAAAGCUUUAAGACUUCCCGAUUAUCUAUUAUUACAUUCCAAACAAAAUAUGGCAUAUUUUAACAUUGACAUAUGUGUAUCAGUGAAUAAUAUUCAAUGAAAACUCACGGUAAAUGA